GGGCAAUCAGGAGCAGAAUCAUGUGACCGACGGCCUUGGCGUUGAUCCUCAAGGGUUUCCUCCGGGAAUAAGCGUUUCCACCUCUUUCUGACCAGGGUCUUUUGGAAUCAUAGUCAAAAUCAUGUCGUCAUCACACCGAGAACAUGCAGGAGAACAAGAACAGGGCAAAGCUACGCUAGCCUGCAUUAAUUGCAAGUCGGGCAAACGACAAUGCGAUAAGCGGCUUCCAACCUGUUCUCGAUGUAAGAAACUAGACCGGCCAUGCGAAUACCGAACAGCUUCACCACCGGGCCCUCUGACUGAGCCUUCCGAACCGAGGCCAACCAAGGAUAUGGCAUGUCCUAACGCAUGUACACGGUGUAAAAUGCAUAAACGUAGAUGUGAUCGCAUGAUUCCAAAAUGCUCCCGCUGUUUAAGACUAGGAAGCAAUUGUACAUACCGAGCGGCGAGCCCGGAGUCUCCAAGCACUGUCUCUGCUGAUACUGAAGCAGUCAUCAAUGUGGUCCGGCCUAGGAUAGAAUUCGCUUCAUUAGCACAGCCAGAAGUGGGGGUGGCAUUCGAACCUCCGAUUAGGUAUCGCUCCUACAUGCCGCAAUUAAUAAAAUUCUUUCUCACGUCUAUAGCGUUGCCCUCGGAUACUGUGGUUGAUUACAGUCUGGCACAUCAUCUGCGUUCGCAAUGGAUACAACACGCCAUGUCCGAUCCCUGUCUGUUCCAUGCUACACUGUUCAGCGCAUCCGCAUCAAUUGACAUGCUCCGGGGCCAGAAGAGUAUCGCACGAACCCUGUAUCAUCAGACCUGGGCUAUCCGAUUGAUCAACGAACAAUUAGCACAAACAGAGCCAGUCCUCAAUUAUGGAACGAUAGGAACGGUGGUACCCUUACUAUAUUAUAAUAUGGUUGCCCUUGACCGAGACUCCGCAGUGGCGCACCAGAAAGGCUUGGUGAAGAUGCUCCUUGCAGCGCCUCAGUCCCUCCGAGCCGACAUCGGACCUCUCAUUGCCAUUGUGAAGCUCGCUAUGAUCUCGUUUGCCUGCAUCUAUGACGUGCUUCCUAUUUGGGACUGCUUGUCCUCUGAAUCAGUUCGGCCCAACACUAUCCUGCGAAAUGUAGUAUCGAGGGCCACCUUUGGCAAUGGGGACAUCUUCGAGAAAAAGAUCACAGAAUCAAUAUUGGACGUCUACGAAGCCAUGUCACGACUAGAUCAUCUGGUCCACGCCGACCGCUGUAGUAUUUCUACUGAGGUUGAGCGUGCGCUCUCCUUUGCAAGGAUGGGUAACUGGACUGACACAGUCGAUGGCAACCACCAUCUUAGCCCGCUAAAGAGGCUUAAUGUGUGCUGUCAGAUCAGUUGUCAAUUGUUCUGGAAAAUUCUUCGACGACAAUCGCAACCCCAGCAAGCUCCAAACGUGACCGAGGAUCAUGAACUUCAACAGCUUCUUAAACACAUGUCGCACAUUGAGCCAUUAUACUGGAUUCGGAACGCUCCGGAGGUGUUCACCUGGGCUGCCUUUACCGGCGCCGCUGCGUCGAAGGACCAAAAUGCCUGCGCUUUCUUCAUCAGCAAAGCGGGAACGAUAUUGACAGCCAUCGAAGGUGAGGAAUUGACUCUUAUGCGGCAAGGGUGGAGCUUUCUACGGCUGCUAAAAAGGCUUGGUGGAGAUGACAACCAACUUUCUAUUUCUGGCGACAGUGGUUACGGAUCGACGGUGAAUGAGAUUUGUGCAUGAUGCCGUUUAUUCAUACCCUCGACUUUUGAGAGCCUCCAUCGUCCACUCCCAGAGAUUCUCCGCCAUCUUUGGAUCCGAUCCCGCUUUACUGCAUGCCGACAACUUUCCAACCGGCAGCAAAUAUGCUCCAUUGUCGUUCUCCAGUCGUAGCUUCGGUGACACACAGGCAAAGAUGAUGUUUGCUGCACCCUUUCGUGGCCCAGGCGCACCUAGCUCGACUAGCGGCUUUAUCAACCGAUAUAACGGAGUUGAGGAUAUCGGCCCAGCAGAUAGAUUCCUAAGGAUCGUCAGAUCUGUGCUUCAAAUUGUGAGACAGGAAACAGCAACAUACGUCUUGACCGUCCCCGGGUGCAAAGAUAUCGCAAGAAUGUUUGGGUACCUCUUGGCCAGCUCUUUCGCAUGCAGUACGUUGGCAAGCUUGGAGUGGCCGUAUCGGGCCCAGACAGAGAACCCAUUCUCUAGGUUCAUAUCUGUGAAUAUUAUACCCUCCUUGGGUGCGAGUUUGGCGUGCCCGUCGCUAGACACGUUCACGAUACGCACGCUUCCCUUUCCGCCUACGUCUGCUGUCUUCUGGAGUACCGGGAUGAGUAGCUUGGUGAAAAGGAAGUGGCCAAUAUAGUUCACCUCAUUGCUCUUAGCUAAUAGCCCCAACAAAAUCACCCAAAAUCAUCAGAUAUUGCUGUACUUACCCCUAUCUGCAUCUC